UUCCGGAUGUUAUUUAACUGGUCCCUUCUGCCAGAUAAAACACAAAGACACACACUGGAAAUCCAAGGUGACAUUUCUACAGUUUGAUGGUCCGUAAGUACUGUUUGAGACUUUGCGAUGGAUACAGAAUCAUUUGAACAUCGGAAACUGAUUCAAAGACGGGAACAGUCAGUGCAAGUAUUAUUCGACGAACUUGAUAAUACUGAGCUUGAUGGAUGCAAAUUUCUUUGCGAACCGUACAUAGAAUCUGCCUCCCUGGAGGGUAUCAGAAAUGGAAGCGAAUUGGUCCCCUUGCUUGCGAGAAAAAGGAGGAUUGAUUUUGAGCAGCCUCACUUUGAUUUUCUGGUUGAGCUUUUGUACAGAGUACACCGACUUGACCUCGUCAUGAAUCUUGGUUCAUCUGCUGAAAAUGUAAGGACGAAAUAUGGCAACAUACAACACACAAAUAUGAUUGCAUUCAGGUGUCUGUUACUAUCCUUAUCGUACGAUCUGACAAAUAAAAACCUGGAAGCAAUAUUGGAGAUAUUGAGAAGUGAUGAUGAUAUAGGGAUUGGGAGGCUGAGCAGAAUAAAAACAGUCCUUGAUUUGUUUCGUCUCUUGAUGAAAGAAGUAAAACUCAAACACGAUGACUUUCAACAGCUCACCCAGAUCGUUGACCUUAUUGGACGCCAGGACCUCUUGUCAAAGAUCCGUCACCAUGAAGACAAAAGUAGGCGCGCCAUCACUCUCCACGCCUCCAUCGAUUCAAUGCGUUCAUCAUAUUGCAACGACACAGGCCGCAAAGCUUACAAGGACAAAGAGACGGUUUUCAUGAUGGAAGAACCGUUGGUUUUAAAAUAUUCAAAACAAUUCACAUGUGUAAAGGAAAUUUACCCUCACAAGGAGUGUUCGAGCCCCCUUCCGGGUCUACAAGGUUUCAACAAUUUGUCAAGUUUGUUAGGAAAACAAUAUGGAAAAGAAACGCCAGCAAAGCAUUCGCCAAAUUUGUCAUCGCAGGGCUUUGUAGCGUCGAUAGAACAUUUUGACACAAGAGCUCCAGAUCUGAUGGACAGCGAACUACUCAGCAAAAUGCCAUGCGAACUUCCUGAACCAAUGUUACCAGCCUAUGACAAAAAGUGGUUUUCAAGUUCAUCGAUAAGAGACCAAGAUGGAAAAGACACUCAAGAAGUAGCAUCACCGGAGCAAAUUGUGUCUUUGCCACCACAAGGAGCGUCCUUCCUGUGAUACUUUGAACAGUCAAAUUGCGAUGUGAAAGACAAAAAGGAGUCCAAAGAAAUAACACCGAUGGAGGUAGCCAAUUCUCAAUAAUGUUUUUCGCAAAUUUAAUUUUCCACAUAUUUAAGGUAAAGAUAACGAAUUAAU